UUGACACACACAAUCUCUAAUCUCUUCUCCAGCAAUCGAUCGCCGACGACCGGAGGUGCUCCCUGCGAUGGCUCGAGUAGUUGUGGCGAUCGUGCUCGCCGUCGUGGCUGCGGCGGGGGCGUCGCUGGUUGCGCCGGCGGGGGCCGAGCUGACGCGGGUGGAGCACCCGCCCAAGACCGAGGGGUCGCUCAACAUCCUUGCCGUCGGCGACUGGGGGCGGCGCGGGCAGUACAACCAGACCCUGGUUGCCGAGCAGAUGGGACUGGUGGGGGAGAAGCUGGACAUCGACUUCGUCAUCUCCACUGGCGACAACAUCUACGACGACGGCAUCGCCAACACCAGCGACCCGCUCUUCAAGGAAUGCUUCACCAACAUCUACACCGCCGAGAGCCUCCAGACGCCUUGGUACAUUGUCCUUGGAAACCAUGACUACACGGGCAACGCGCUGGCGCAGCAAGACCCUGCCAUCCGCGAAGUGGACAGCCGGUACCUCUCCAUUGCAAAGUCCUUCAUCGUCAACUCAGAAAUCGCGGACUUCUUCCUCGUCGACACGUCGCCGUUCUACCUCAAGUACUGGAACAGCAGCAAGUACGACUGGAGAAAUGUUUCUCCUCGCGACACCUACAUCGAAACCCUCCUCAAGGAUCUGGACGAUGCGCUGACGCUAUCGGAGGCGCCCUGGAAGAUUGUCGUCGGCCACCACCCCAUCAGCAGCGGCUGCGAGCAUGGGAACACCACAGAGCUCCAGCAGCUGCUCCGACCAAUCCUCGAGGCACGCGGAGUUGACAUGUACGUGAACGGCCAUGACCACUGCCUGCAGCACAUCAGCAGCAGGAGCAGCCCUGUGCAAUUUAUGACGAGCGGCGGCGGGUCCAAGGCGUGGGCAGGCAAGUUCAAGACCACCUCCGACAAAAUCGAGUUCAUCUACGACGGGCAAGGGUUCCUGUCGAUGCAGCUGAGCAAGACGGAGGCGCACCUCGUCUUCUACGACGUCGCCGGCAACGUCCUGCACACCUAUGACAGCACCAAGACGGAAGAAGAUGAAUGAGCCCUAACUGCUUAGAUGGAAGAAGAUGCACACCAGUGCGUGCGGAUCGUGUGAACCAGAGGCUCUAUUGGUUAAUUGUUUGGAUCUUGCAAGCAAUUCGUGUGUUGUUGUUGUUGUUGUGUGUCCGUGAUAAUUGUGAAGGUGUGCAUGGUGUGCAGAAUGGAGAAGUGUAUCUUAAGUGUAAUUAAUUAGUAAAUUAAAUUUAUUGCAAGAGUUGGCGGUGCAUAUAUAUAGUGUUUAUAUACAUACCGAUGGACUUUCAAUGUCGGUUUGGAAUGAAAACUUAGAGUGCCGCUUACUAAGA